AUGUCGUCAAUGGCAGCAGCAGCAGUAUGCUCGCCCCAUUCGACACUGCGGACACCACGGCCUGUGUACUUGGAUCAUGAUGGUGGAAAUGACGACUACGUGGCUUUGGUGUACCUCUUGAAGCAUGAAAACAGGUUUGAUCUCCUGGGGGUAUCGGUCACGCCAGCGAACUCGUGGUGGAAGGUGGGUGCGGCAGCCACCCGAAAGAUCCUGCGGACUCUCUCCAAGAAGCACGCCUCCUCCUCCUCCUCCUCCGGUGCUGCCGAAGGGCGGAUUCCCGUUGCGGAGUCCACGCUGGACGGCGUAAACACUUUCCCAGACGCGUGGCGGCACGAUGCCUGCAAGCUGAACCUGCUGCCGCAGCUGAACGGCUUCGAGACCGAGGAAGAGGCCCUCCGGCUAGAGAAGGGAGAGGAUGGGAUUUCAGGCCAGCUGCUGCUGGCGCAGACCCUGCUCGCCUCCGAGUCGCCGGUGACGGUCGUCGCCACGGGCCCCCUGACCAACCUGGCCUGGGUGCUGGACAACUUUCCGGAGGCAUCGCGCAAGAUCGACAAGGUUUUGAUCAUGGGGGGUGCGAUCGACGUGCCCGGCAACGUAUUCGCGGACGACGUGGAAGGCUUCGACGGAUCGGCGGAAUGGAACAUUUUCUGGGACCCGCCGGCGGCAAAGCGGGUGUGGGACUCCGAUCUAGAACUGGUAUUGACGCCGCUGGACGCCACGAACGAGGUGCCGAUCACGAAGGAGACGCUUCUCAGGGCCCUGGCGGGAGCGCAUCUGCUGGAGACCGAGACGCGACCGUUCUUCGCGUGGGAUCUGCUCACGGUGGCCCAGCUGGUGCACCCCGAGCUGUUCACGACGUCGCAGGUGGAGUGCGACGUCGUCGUCGGGGGAGCUAGCCAGGGGCGCACCGUACGAACGGCAACAACAGCAAGGGCAACGGCAGAGGCAGCAGUAGCAACUGCAGGACGACCACAUCAACAGCAGCGCUCGCCACCAGCCGGGAAUGAGAAGGAGGAUGGCACUGGCAGAAGGGGGGGUGAAGAUACCGUCAGUGGCGACGUCGUCAGCACUGGUGGUGCUGGUGCUGGUGCUGGUGGUCGAACGGUGACCGUGAUACGAGCGCGGGACCCGAAGGAGCUCGUUGAUGUCAUCCUCGCCGACCUGUGCUCGUCGUGCGACGGCGGUGGUGCCUCGUCGUAG